UGAAGAAAAGCUAAUUGAACUUGCCAGGAUUUAUGCGGCUGAUUUCUCUGAAUAUGAUUGUAUUCUCCUUAGAGACCAACUUGACACAUUCAUUUAUGAUGUGAGAGCUGGUCCAGAAUUUUCAAGCUGCUCUGACCUUGGUAUUCUAGCUGUAAAGAUGGUUCAGAGUGAUAGGCACACGGUUUUUCCAUUGGUAUAUCGGUUAAUUGAACUAGCCUUGAUUUUGCCUGUUGCAACGGCAAUAGUAGAAAGAGCCUUCUCAGCUAUGAGCAUUAUUAAAACUGAACUACGGAAUAAGAUGAAUGAUGAAUGGAUGAAUCACUGUAUGAUAUGCUACAUUAGAGAGAUGUUUUUGCUAGCAUAGUAGCAUUGAAGAUCGCGAGAUUAUAGAAUGUUACAUCCUAUGAGGACACGGAAGCAUAAGUUAUGUACAUCUAGAGGUUCGGGUUCAAGUUCUCUCCCUACUGUUAACGAAGAGUGAAAAUCACGAAGACUUGGAGAUACACAUCACUAGUUCUUGCCCUAUGCGUCUAGAAAUCCUGGUUCCGCCACUGCCCACAUGGUCAAGAUGGGCUUCGACGUCCCCACCUACCGACUCAACUUCGCCCUCUGCUCCCUCAUUUCCUCCGGCCACCUCCACCGCGCUCGCGCCAUGUUCGACCAAAUGCCCCAAAAGGACAUCUUCUCCCUCAACCGCCUCCUCUCCGCCUAUUCCAGGUCCGGCGAUCUCUCCGCCACUCAGAAUCUCUUCCUCUCCUCCCCUCAUCGCAACGUCGCCACAUGGACUAUCAUGAUGAGCGCGCAUGCUGCCGUCGGCACAAGCUCCGAUGCCUUGUCGCUCUUCCGUGCCAUGCUCGGGGAGGGCGUCACUCCCGACCGCGUCGCCCUCUCCACCCUUCUUAACAUUCCCGGCUGCGCUGUCCCGUCGCUCCAUCCCUUUGCCAUCAAGCUCGGCCUCCACACCGAUGUUUUCAUCUGCAACACGCUGCUGGACGCCUACUGCAAGCACGGCCUCCUUUCUGCAGCCCGGAGAGUAUUUCUCAAGAUGCCGGACAAGGACUCUGUCACGUACAACGCCAUGAUUAUGGGCUGCUCCAAGGAGGGGCUGCACGCCCAGGCACUCCAGCUAUUUUCUGAUAUGCGUUGUGCCGGUCUUACCACCACCCACUUCACCUUCUCCAGCAUUCUCGCAGUGGCAGCAGGUAUGGAUCAUCUCCUCCUUGGGCAUCAAUUUCACGCUCUCGUGGUUAGAUCCACAUCAAUGCUCAACGUCUUUGUUAACAACUCGUUGCUUGAUUUCUACUCCAAAUGUGGUUGCCUUGGCGACAUGAGGAGAUUGUUUGAUGAGAUGCCAGUGCGGGACAAUGUCUCCUAUAAUGUGGCUAUUGCAGCCUAUGCUUGGAACCAGUGCGCCACCACGGUGCUGUGGCUGUUCAGGGACAUGCAGAAGCUGGGUUUUGACAGGCAGAUAUUGCCUUAUGCUACUAUGCUAAGUUUAGCUGGUUCUCUUCCUCACGUGCAGAUCGGGAAGCAAAUACAUGCUCAGUUGCUCCUUCUGGGCCUUGCUUCUCAGGAUAUUUUGGGCAAUGCCCUGAUUGAUAUGUACUCAAAAUGUGGCAUGAUCGAUGCUGCAAAGAGUAACUUCUCUAACAAAAGUGAAAAAUCUGCCAUUUCAUGGACUGCAAUGAUCACUGGGUAUGUGCAGAAUGGACUGCAUGAAGAAGCACUGCAGUUAUUCUCUGACAUGAGAAGAGCUGGUCUAAGGCCUGACAGGGCAACGUUUUCAAGCAUAAUCAAGGCUUCCUCAAGCCUCACAAUGAUUGGGCUAGGAAGGCAAUUGCAUUCGUACCUCAUAAGGUCAGGCCAUAAGUCCAGCAUAUUCUCCGGGAGUGCGCUUGUUGACAUGUAUGCAAAGUGUGGCUCUUUGGACGAGGCACUACGAACAUUUGAUGAGAUGCCUGAGAGGAAUUCCAUCUCAUGGAAUGCUGUUAUUUCAGCCUACGCUCAAUAUGGACAGGCAAAGAAUGCCAUUACGAUGUUUGAAGGCAUGCUUCAUUGUGGUCUUAAUCCAGAUCCAGUCACCUUCUUGAGUAUACUAGCCGCAUGCAGUCACAAUGGUCUUGCAGAUGAAUGCAUGAAGUACUUUCGCCUGAUGAAACACCACUAUAGCAUAUCACCCUGGAAGGAACACUAUUCUUGUGUUAUAGAUAUGUUGGGUCGAGUAGGAUGUUUUUUUGAAGUUCAGAAAAUGUUGGUUGACAUGCCAUUCAAGGAUGAUCCAAUAAUAUGGACCUCCAUUCUUCACUCAUGUCGGAUUCAUGGAAACAAGGAUUUAGCUAGAGUGGCAGCUGAUAAACUGUUCAUUAUGGAACCGACAGAUGCAACGCCCUAUGUUAUAAUGUCCAACAUAUAUGCCAAAGCUGGUCAGUGGGAAGAUGCUGCACAUGUGAAGAAGAUUAUGCGAGACAGAGGACUUAGGAAAGAUUCAGGUGUCAGUUGGGUUGAAAUCAAGCAAAAGAUAUAUAGCUUUUCUUCAAAUGACCUAACCAGCCCAGUGAUUGAUGAGAUUAAAGGUGAGCUAGAGAGAUUGUACAAAGAGAUGGACAAACAAGGCUAUAAGCCCAACACGAGCUGUGUCUUGCAUCUGGUUGAUGACGAGUUAAAGCUGGAGUCGUUAAAAUACCACAGUGAGAGAUUGGCCAUUGCAUUUGCUCUGAUUAACACCCCACCUGGGGCACCAAUCAGGAUCAUGAAGAAUCUGACUGCCUGCCUAGACUGCCAUGCUGUCAUCAAGAUGAUAUCAAAGAUUGUUAACAGAGAUAUUAUUGUAAGAGACUCACGCAGGUUCCACCAUUUCAAGGAUGGGGUUUGCUCCUGUGGAGACUACUGGUAGGAACUCAAGCUUCACAUGAU